UUCACUGAUGAUGUCAUAACGUGGCGGAACUCCUGUGCUUGCCGGAUACUUAUUGGACACAGAUCUAUUUUGAGCACUUAUUGGGAUACAAGUCGCCAAAUUUAAAAUAAAUACUGUUAGAGGAGCGAGCACCGAAGUGCGUUCCGCUCUGGCGGCUCAUAAAUCACAUUUAUGUAACGUGUGGUGACGCUGGUUUGACUGAGCCUUGUCCACGCAGAGCAGCUCAGAGUGGGCUGGAAGCUUCUACAAGCCGGAAGAACUCAAGCACACAGGAGGGAAUGGAGGUGGACUGCCAGCCUGAGGAGCCCAUCGCCUCCGGUUUCGAUGAGGACUGCGUUGAACUUGGUGACGUCAAGGACAUGCGAUUGGAGGCGGAAGCGGUGGUCAACGACGUUCUCUUUGCCGUGGCUCAAAUGCACGUGUCGCAGAGCCUGGACAGUGCCCUGGACAUGGCCUACAUAAACGUGGAGACCAGAGAGGGAAACCGCUAUUGUCUGGAGCUCACAGAGGCUGGGCUCAGGGUGGUGGGCUAUGCAUUCGAUCAGGUCAAUGAGGAUUUGAGCACCCAGUAUCACGAGACGGUGUACUCGCUCCUGGACACGCUGAGUCCGGGCUACAGAGAAGCAUUUGGGAACGCCCUGCUGCAGAGGCUGGAGAGGCUGCAGCAGAACGGACAGUGAAAAAGACACAGUGGACGCCUUCCCAGAGAAACCACAGCUUACCAGACAGGUCCUUAACUGAUAUCAGCCAAUAAUAACCCAGUCCCCUUUGGCCUAUCGUGUGACGUGCAGCUGCCUAAAGACCACUACUAAAAGGGCUACGCAGCCCUGUCAAGUUUGCUUUCGUUCUUAGUUUCAUAACAUUGAAUUACUUCAUGUUAGUUACUUAGGUUUUUACUGGCCCUUCAACCUGGCUGUUCGGAAUCUGUUGCGACAUUGGGCUGUUUACUUUGCUGUGGAAAUAUCUUCUAGCCUCUGUGUUACUACUUUGUAGUAGAAAGUUGUUUUACAGUUCACACUCUUUUACUUCUCUUAAAAUUUAUUCAAGAAAGAGGGUGCAUGUUUGGUUGGUAGUGACCCCCCCCCCCCAACCUGCUGCUGGAGCUACAGCUGUGACCUGAAAACCAAUGUCUGUGCAAACACACCCAUCCAGUUUUUAUUCCUCUAUUCAGCAAGUGACCCUUGGAAAGAACCAAAGUCUCGUUCUUUUCCAAGUUCAUACUGCCUUAAAGAAAUGGCUUUUUAAAGAAAGACAGGAAAAAAAGUCAUUGAAGUAGCUUGUUGACUCUAAUUUUGUAUUGACUGAGACUGUGGUAUUUUGUGAGGCUGUUAGUUCAAACGGAGGUUAGAAAAAGCUCAAUUUGCGUAGAAAGCUCAGAGUACUUUGUAGACUAGGUGGACUUCUGUUUUCAGUCCCUGUCCUCUUAAUUUGACGUUUCCACAUUGUAUAGCAUCUUCAGCUUGCAUUUUAAGUUGAUGUAAAAAAGAAAAAAUCCUUUUUUUGUAACUUUUUCUGCCAGAAAGCACAGGAUUGGUAGAUCUUUAAUGAGGGAUUUUGGACCUGCAUCUGUUUUUUUUUUAAUUGUACAUGCAACGUGGUAACAAUCCUUCUUCAGUAUUAUGAAGUCAUCUAAAAGUGUUUUCUCUGUUUGUUCAUACUCUCCCUCCUUGCUGCUGACCGUUGCUAAAACCAAUAAAAAUCCCAGAAGUACGUCCGUUUCUGAGCCCGUUUCAUGCGUAACAGAUGAAAGUGGACUAAAGCUCAAAGCUGAGG